AUGGAUACUCCGUCUCUGCCUCCGCCUCGGGACGAGGCCGAAAAGGAUGUGCUCGAGAAGCUCGUCAUUGUCCGCGACAAGCUGCUCCUUCUCAAAAAGGAUCGUAAGACAUAUAUGCAGAAACAACAUGUCCUUCCACUUUACCGAGAAACGAUUGAUCAAGUCCGUCGAUUAAAUCAAGCUCGGUCUGCCAGCCAAGGAGAACUCGACGAGAACAUCGUGGACAGGGUCCUGGAUAGCUGCUUCCAGUUGCUGUCCCUCUCAUUCAUGACCAUCGGACAGAAUAAUACUGCGCCCGCAGCCUACGCCCUUACCUCGACGAUCAAGCGGCUUCUGGAUCACCUUGCUGAGGUGGACUUGUUCAGCGCCAAGGAUCUUGAGAGCAUCACGGAAACCCUCAAUCUGCUCGUCCGCAACGUCGAGAGGGCACCCGCAGACACUUCGCCUUAUUUGAUCACUCUCCUCACCAAUCGUCUCGAGACUUGCAAACGGGCUCUGGCCAGCUUGUGUAAACGUCUCGAUCGGCUGCAAGAGCCGCUGCCUCAGGUCCACGAGAAGCUUAUAUCCAUUCUGCGGUCGAUAUCCGCGGCGAACACACGGUCUAAGUUCUCUUCGUCCGAUGUCAAGAACCUCCGCGACCAAUUGAAAGAGAUCAGCGCAAACUUCAGGUCCGGGGCCUACAAGACACCCGAGGGCGAAUACCCUGCAGGAAGUGAAGAAAUUGAUGCUCUCUUGAGAAAGUGUCUCUUGUGGGCCGAUAUUGUUUUAGAAAGGCGAGGCGUCAUUCCGGAAUCGUUCAAGUCCACGUAUGAUGUGCUAGUGCGCAUGCGAAACGACUUGGAGAAACUCUCCAUCACUAGCAAAUGGGCCUUGCGUGAAGCAGACUUAUAUGACUACCAGCGGCAGCUGGAUAGAAUCGAUGAGAGCAGAGUCGACGGAAACUGGCUGGACGAAGAUGGCAACAAGGCUGAGCUUUACGUGCAACGGACACUGCUCUACUUGGUCAGGAGAAGCUACGGCUACAUCUACUUCCUUAUGAUUUCAUCGAACCCCGUCUCGGAAGCCCUACAGCCAGUAUUCAACCAACUGCAGACGCUGAAGAAGUGUCUCAUUGAAGUUAAAAACUCUGGCGGGGUGUCCUCUAUCAGGGAACUGUACCCAUACAGCCUAAAGGUCAACUCGAUCGAUAACAUGCGUGUCGAUGGAAAGUUUAUGUUCAACGGUGACAUUCCGGAAGGGCAAGGAAGCGUUAAUGAGCUUCUUGCCGAGUGCUACGAAUUAUGUUACGAGCUGAGAGUCGAUCUAGAGACAAGACCGGCACAAGACGACGAUACCGACGAAGAUGAGGAUUCUGAGGCAGUCGAGGGACCUGGCACCUCCGAGGCGGAGGCUGAAGAGCUAGCCGCAUCUCUCGCCGACACCACACUUGAGCCCAGGCGAGAAACUCAGACACGGGCUACUGUCUAG